GGCACGGGCCGCGCGAUGCCCCUGGUCUCGUGGCUCCGGCCGGGCUGGGCCCGCGAGCCGGGGGGCGGGGGAAAGGCGGGACGCCGGGCGGGGCGGCGCCAGGCUCCCGAGCGGCCGGAGGCUCCUCGGCGGCGGCGGCGAGGUAACAAUUCAUCAUUAAUCAAGAUGUCCUCAGCACCUGAGCCCCCAAACAUUAAAAAAGAAGCACCCAAAGAGAAAGACAGUCGAAUUCCAGGACUCAGGGGUGUUCGUACAACCACCCUGUUCCGAGCUGUGAAUCCAGAGCUUUUCAUUAAACCUAACAAACCUGUUAUGGCCUUUGGACUCAUAACAGUUACCCUGUGUGUGGCCUACAUUGGUUAUUUGCAUGCAACACAAGAGAAUAAAAAGGAUCUCUAUGAAGCUGUUGACAGUGAAGGAGCCAGGUAUAUGAGGAGGAAGACUUCCAAGUGGGAUUAAAGAAGCUGCUUAAUAACCGAGAAAGAGAGAGGAGUAAUUGGCAAUUUAGGCAUCUGAAUUGUUAAUGUUAAAUUAGGUGUCUGCUAACUUUUCUAUGCAAUUCUUGAAAUGAUGUUUGUAAAAUUUAAUCCAAUUUCCUUCCAUUUUACAAUGCCAUGCCUGUACCUAUAAACUUUACAGAAGACAUACAAAGUAAUAAAGUGUUAAGAACA